AUGUCAGAGUCGGCGGUAAAGCUUCCCUCGACUCCCAAAAACUGGGAAACCAUGGUGGCAGCAGCUGGCAUCUCUGACAAGCAGAUACAUGAUGAACAACUACCGUCGGCUUCCAAAAUGAAGCUGCGGCACUGUCUACUGCUCCGAGUUCUAUGGAAACCGGUCAAACUCAGCAGUUUCACUCCCAAGCAGUUCGACCUAGACGAGUGGAUGAAACCCGCACGAGACAUGCUCAACUCGUAUCACUCCUGGAAGGUUUACCUCAAGAGCUUCACGGGCAGGAAACCGAUGGGCGAGGGGAACUUCUUCCUAGCGAAGAUCUCUCAGCUCGAAGCGGCCAAAGUGGAGAGCGAUGAGAUCUCAGACGAUGUCAUCAUGUCGCCAGUCUCGAACCGUACUCGUCAACAGAUUCUCAAGAAGCGCGAAGAGCAAAACCAGACCCCGACCAAGUCUUCGUCAAUCUCCCUGGAAGGCCUCACACUCGACGAUCGGACGCCCUUUACGCCAGAUAACCUCGAGGAGGACGAUCCUUUCAAAGACCCAGCGCCUCUGACAGCGGAAUCCCUCGGUCCCCGGGAGAUCAGGAAUAAAAUGUACCCCAAAAUUGACGACGAGCAAGUGGUCAACGUUGCCACUCAAUUUCUUGAAGGCCCUCACGGCUCACUUCCCAUCGCUUUCGAGCUCCUGGACCAUUCACCGAAAGCCCUUCCAUGCCGAGUUCGCAAACACCAAAUACGAAGCCAGGACUGA